AGCCCCGGCUGCUCAUUGACAGAGGGUCCUGAGGCCUAGGACGGUGCUCCGCAACGCGAGGCGCUGGUGGGCCGUGGAGAGGCCGAGUCCGGAACCGGGAGGCGCGCGGGGGUGGGCGCUGCAGCCGCGGGUUGUUUAUCUGGAGUACGGAGGGGAGGGGGGAGCCUGGAAACCGCCCCGUGUCCCAUUUCCUCCUCUUGUUUUCGCUCCGGAUUCUCCAUGUUGGACCCAAACUGAGGAGCCCGGAGCUGCCGCCGGGGGAUCGGGGCCAGGGGCACCCGGGGAAGCUGCUGCCCGGGCCGCCCGCUCUCCAUACAGGCCGCCUCCCUUCGUGGGCCAGGGAGGGAACAAGAGCAGGGAUGUGAACAGCUGUGGGAGUCCGAGUCUCGCGAGCAGGAGCCGGAGCGGGCCCCCGCCCAGGCCCCCCAGCCCAGCCCAGCCUGCGCGCUCGCCCGUCCUCCCGCCCAGCCAGCCCGGGCCCGCGGGAUUGUUAGAUGGAACACGGCUCCAUCAUCACCCAGGCGCGGAGGGAAGACGCCCUGGUGCUUACCAAGCAAGGCCUGGUCUCCAAGACCUCUCUUAAAAAGCCUCGUGGACGUAACAUCUUCAAGGCCCUUUUCUGCUGUUUUCGCACCCAGCAUGUUGGCCAGUCUAGCCCCUCCACUGAGCUCUCCGCGUACAAGGAGGAAGCCAACACCAUUGCUAAGUCUGAUCUGCUCCAGUGUCUCCAGUACCAGUUUUAUCAGAUCCCGGGGACCUGCCUGCUCCCAGAGGUGACAGAGGAAGAUCAAGGAAGGAUCUGCGUGGUCAUUGACCUGGAUGAAACCCUUGUGCAUAGCUCUUUUAAGCCAAUCAACAAUGCUGACUUCAUAGUGCCUGUGGAGAUCGAGGGGACCACUCACCAGGUGUAUGUGCUCAAGAGGCCUUAUGUGGAUGAGUUCCUGAGACGGAUGGGGGAACUCUUUGAAUGUGUUCUCUUCACUGCCAGCCUGGCCAAGUAUGCCGACCCUGUGACGGAUCUGCUGGAUAGGUGUGGGGUAUUCCGGGCCCGCCUGUUCCGUGAGUCCUGCGUGUUCCACCAGGGCUGCUAUGUCAAGGACCUCAGCCGCCUGGGGAGGGACCUGAGAAAAACCCUCAUCCUGGACAACUCGCCUGCUUCUUACAUCUUCCACCCGGAGAAUGCAGUGCCUGUGCAGUCUUGGUUUGAUGACAUGGCAGACACUGAGUUGCUGAACCUGAUCCCAAUCUUUGAGGAGCUGAGCGGGGCAGAGGAUGUCUACACCAGCCUUGGACAGCUGCGGGCCCCUUAGCGUCCCCAGCUUCCAAGCAACGGUCAUCCCAGUAGGGGACUUGCCUACACUGUGCCUUUAUGAUCAGCCUGACAGACGGAGCGGAAGCUGGAGCAUCUCACCAAAGGGGGCCUGGAAAUGGAAGUGAUGGGAAAGAACUUUAGGACAGGUUAGAUGCCGAGUGGGCCAGUGUCAGACCAGUGAUACCCCAAGCUGCCCACUCCCUGAAUUGGGUUUCCCAGGUCUGCGAGAGAGUAUUGCCUUGAACUGCAUUCAAGGAUAUAAGUGUUUCAGGUGGGGGAAGCUGGAAGGUCAAGGCUCUCUCCAAGUUAGUCCAUCUCCUCUCCAGUCACCUGAGAGCCACUGCGCUCUGUAGGGACGAAGACUCUUCCAGGCUCCAUCGCCAAACUCAUGGCCUUCCCUCAGUGUUGUAAGGCUUGUGCCAAGGAGAAAGGGAGGGUCAGAGGCUGCUUUUGGGUGCCCCAGGCACACUCCCUUUUGAAAUCUUUCUCCAGCCACCUGCUGCAGACAGACGGCAAUUUUGGAAGAUGAAAGCUUGUUUCCAGGAGCAGUAGCCCCAGUGGCCAUCAAGUCCUGCAGCCCAAAGGCUGCACUUGCCCCCAGCCGAGUGCCUGGCCUGGGCCUUCCUUCGUCUCCCCAAGGCUUGGGUGCUGGGCCUGCCUUCUUCACUACCUAGCCAUAAUUCUCGAACCCAUGGGAGAGGAGGUCUGCCUGCCGUGGAAGAGGGCAGAUAACUGAUUUCCGUUCUUUUGACUCUGUUUUAAAAUUCCCUUCCUAAACAUGGAGUGUUGGGCCUGUUUUGUUUCUGAUGAAGCUGCAGUCCUGGGCUUGAGGUGAAUGUGUGUGGCGCUGGGGGUGUAGGGAAGAGGGAAACCCCCCCGAAGCCGUGAAUGUGUGUGUCCCCUUAGCUUGUAUGUGAAUCAGCUGAGCUUGGGACUAUCUUUGAGUCCACCCUUCAGGGAUUCUCUGCUGGUGCUGGUGCAAGGACUUUGUUCCAAAGUCCGGGAAGGGCACUCCCUCUCUGCCCUUCCUAUUUCUUGGGCAGAGCUCUUUCCUAUCGUGUCUUCCCCUGGGGCCUGGCCUGUGCACAGCUCUCUGCUCCAUCUUCAUCCUUUCUGGCUGUUGCUCUUUCUCUCCAGGACCUCAGAGGCACGCCUGCUUUUCCUGGGCUGAGGGGGGUAGGUGUCCUUAGCAUUACUUGGCCAGCCUGCGCACAGGCCUCCUGCCUCUGGCAACGUGUGAUGAGCCCUUCACAUACCUGCUCUUUGUGUGUUUCCUGCUUUCAAAGUUUCUUAAUAGUGAAUGCUUUAAAAAGGAGUCACAGAAUGGAAGUUUCCCCAGGAUAAAAAACAAAAGGGGAAGUGCUACUGUGAUUGGGAGCACAAGGGGCACCCAAAAGGUGGCCCUACUUCAGCAUCACUGCCUUAAUUGUGGCCCCUCCCAGGGCUCGGUGGGGUUCUCUCCUCUCCCUCCCUCCAGUCCCCAUCUCUGUUUUCCUGGAGGCGGGUGUUACAAAGCAUUUGUGCAUUGUUUCAGGUGUGAGGACACUUUCCUCUCGGCCCUUAUAUCCCUUGUUCUUUUUAGUUUGCACGUACUAGGUCCAGCCUGAGGAACUGACCUGUUUGGAGAAAGCCAGUCGGGGGGGCAGCAGCUUGGUGUUCUGAUUUGGUAGCUGGAUGACUCGAGUUUUUCUCUAACAUUGUGGUGCCAUCUCUCUGCUUUGUCCAAGGUUGUAAGGCUUUCUGUUUCCCUUUGGUGUCACAGCAAUGGAACAGAGUCCCAAAGCCCAUGUGGUCAUUUCCCCCUGCAUCAUUCCCUGGUUCCCACAGGGUGGUCCUGCAGCGGGGGAGAGGGCUCUGGUGCUAGCUCGGAACCACAGCUCCUGCAGGAAAUGGAGGCUUUUCAUUCUACGACCCAGGUCUGGGCCUCCAUCCUAAUACUGCGGGAGGGGCUUCUCCCUCAGGACCCACCCUUAAGGUUCGUUUAGCCCUUGGGUCAAAUCUGCCAUCUGGACCCAGCCAGGCUUUUCUGACUAAGCAAUAAGAGGCUGUAAGCUGGUCCAGUUCCAAGGACCCUUUCUGCCCUCCUUUGGGUCUCUGUGUACCUCCCAGUGAAGGGAGAACCUGUGCCAGCCCUUUUCCUGUCAUGCUUGUCCGAGUGUGGCUCGUGACCAGAGCCCAGGGUACCCUGGGGGGAGUGUCCCUGCAUCUUCUGCAUGAAGCCCCCGCUCUACAGGCCUCCCUCCCCUCAGAACUCUGCCUGCCCCCCUACAGUUCCCCAGCAGAUAUGCCCUUUCCACUUCCCCAGAGAAGCAAUGAAGCCAAAUGCUCCACACGGCCCAGAGCUGGCCUCGAUUGCUGUCUGAUUCCAGUCUCACUGCACAUCAGGGGCAAGUGUGGAUGCUCCUGGGAGGGGUCAGGCGAGACUUGCGGAGGAAGGAAAGGUGGGGAGGGAGCCGGUCGCCUCAGGAUUAGUUCUAGGGUUUCUUACCAGCCCUUCUUGUUUGAGGCUGGUCUUUGGGGGGCAAUUGGCCAUCAUGCCUGGUCAGCACCAAUUCAAGCCAUGCCAGGAACCUGCCCACCCGCCAGGUUCAGUUCCUUAAUGUGCCUCUUCAGGGACACGGUGUGUCUCUCUGAUUGGGCUUCUAAAUCAAAAGCCUGAUGUUCGUGUCCCUCUCAUAGGGGGAGCUUUGGACACAGGACCAGUUUGGAAAGGGUCAGAUAAGAGUUUUCACUCUGCACAUUGUAGAGGGAACGCUCUGUAGGCCCAUGGGUCCCUAACCGUAUAAAGGUUGAAUUAAUUUGCCUUCAGUUAACCUGGGACCUUCUCUUUAGUUCCCUUCUGCCUCCCAAAGAUUUUGACCAUUUUGUAAGUGUACAAACUGACCUCUGUUAACAGUGGCCCAAAAGCUCCUUUGCAUGGGAAAUCUAAUAACAUCUAGUCCCCGGGACAUGGGUGCCAUUCUGUUCCACUGCCCCUGCGCUGUGCCUGAGGCUUCGUGCAGUAGGGCAGCCCCCUGAGGCUGUCCCCUGUCCCGUGUCCCAGCCAGGCGAGUGUUGAGGAAGGUGAGCCUCUUCUCCCCUUUACGUCUUCAGUUGGUUACUUCACCACUGUCGUACGUCAGUCACUUUGUAAAAUGGGGUUUCAUUUUGGUUCCCCCUCUUUUUAACAAAUAUUUUUAUUCAAGCAGGGAAGGGAAGGCAGAGGUCUGGCCUGCUACCCCAUCCCUUUCCUGUAGGGCCUGCCCCCACAGCAGACCCUCUCCUGACCCCGUGAGCUUCUUCGCCUGCAGUUACCCCGGUGCGACGCCCUCCGUGUCGGUGUCUCUGGCCCUUUCAAGAAGCUGUUUGGAGGGUGGGGUCUGCUUCCCACUGUGACUGGGCUAUGGGAUUCUGACUACCUUGCUUACAGAUUCAUGGUUUGAUAAAUUUGUUAUAUUCAUAAACUUGAAAUGUGGGACGCCA